UCCAGGUGUAAGGUUCUUCUGCGUAAAUAAGCGUCAAAUAAAGUUGAACAUGUUUUUGGAUCUGUGGUUAUGGAUCAAGGUACGUCAUUUGCUUGAAACCGAUAGGGGCGGGCAAUGUGAGCUACCUGGUAAAAUUGUAAAAUGUAGUCUAACCAGUCAGGUGUUUGUCACCUCCGCUUAAACACACUUUUGACUUUGAUCAUGGAUGAGAUAUUCUGCUGAAUACAGUACUGGUCUGCGCGUUUGUUGCUGUCAACUCUCCCUGCUACCAGUCAUCCGGACGACAUGUCAGCGUUGUGGUUCACAGGAGUUUUGGUCACCAUGUGGAGUUACAGCACCACACUAGGAGCAGAGUGCAUCCUGGGUAUGGUCGGACAGCUCACUUUGUUGCCCUGUAUUUAUGACGGAGCAGCAGACCUGACCUCUGGGAAUGUUUCUAUUGAAUGGAGGAAAGACACUGAGGUUGUGUAUCACUCUGUGUGGGCCGAGGGGACUGUGGAACCAUGGAAUGGCUCGUACACAAACAAACGGGUGUCAGCCGACGCACCAAACACAGGGACCUUCUCUCUGGAGCUGUCUGAGGUGGAGCCCAGAGACUCUCACAACUACAGCCUGUACCUCAGGGCCCCUGGUGAGGAGCUGGACAGGCUGUUGUGUACAGUGUGUCUGAGAACAGCAGCACAUUUCAGCUUCCCCUCACUCCAGAGGGAAAAGUCACCAUAUGGAGAUGAGACCCACUUUCUGUGUAACUCUCGAGAUGGAUUCCCUGAACCGGCAGUACAUUGGCUAAUCAACGACAUGGCCCCACCCCCUGAGGGUUCAGUCAGGACACUGAGCAUUCCACUCCCUGACUCUCAUCUCUUAAACAUCACCAGCAUCCUCAUCCUCAACAUCUCUCAGGAGACCAGCGUCUCCUGUGCAAAAGAAAACCUGGAACUUGGUGAGGUGUUAACCUCCGGGGUUCUUCGAAGCAGCCCGGUAAGAGGAAGAGCUGCCAAAUCCUUGUGGAUGUUCCCCACAGCGCUGUGUGUGAUGGUGGGCCUCAUGGUGACCGCUGCCCUGAUCUAUCAGAUACACAUAGACAGGAAGAACAGGAAUGAAAGAGACCAGCACCACAAUGUCAAAGAGAACAAUGAAGAGCAGCUGUCACUAAGGUCAUGAAUUUGGAGACUAACAUCUGAGGUUACACCACCACCUUCUUCAGAUGGAUUCAUGUCGCUUGGAAGGACUGAACUGUGAUUUGUGAAUAAUGUAUAUAAUUCAGCCGUUUGAGACAAUGUGUUUGUGGUGGCCGUAGGCUGGUCUAGUGCGCCAAGCCCCCAUCCUGAUGCACAUGUACCCGUUUGGGUCAGAUUGGUCUCUCUGACUGCUGGAUCAGAACACUCUUUACUACUUUGUCUGCUUUAUGGACAGAAGACAAAUUAAAAUAAUGCAUUUGAGGAUUUAUAG